ACAAACAAUAACUUCAGGUUUUAGAGCAGAGAAAUGGAUUUCUUUAGGACCUUGGGUUCUAGCCCGAAUGGUAGGAAGGUUCUUCUCAAAUUACAGCUGGAAGUCCCGCUUCGGAGCCACAUGCUCUGCAGCAACACAUCACAAGUGCCAUUUCGUUUACGCCAUAGAGUAUUUAUAUUUUUGUAUAGGUUAACAUGUUUUUUCAUGGAUAUGUUUUGUUGGCUGUCGUAUUUGUGACCACGGCAUCGGUAAUUCCCGAUUGCAUACGAGUGCAUGGUGGGCAGUAUGACGGGGAGCGGACAAUCGGCUCCAACGGGGAAAAGUGCCUCAACUGGCUCAAUGUGACGAGAGGCUAUAAUGCAGCUGAUUACACAAACAACAAUACAGAGCUGUGGGACCAUAGUUUCUGCCGAAAUCCAGAUGCCUCAGCAAGACCUUGGUGCUAUGUGUUGGCUGGUGGUGAUACCAUUCAGAAACAAGACUGUGACAUUAACUUAUGUCAAGACCAGGCUGCCACUCCUACAGCAGAGGUGAAUGUGGACCCAGCUCCAUCCCCUGGCGGGGGGCCACCUGAUCAGUCGGAUGCCCGCCCUGCCCAGAGAGAGAGCGUUGCGACGAAACCCGACACAGGCAUCAGCCGAAGGGUUCGCGUCGGACCCAAGAAGAAAGCGGACCUGGGUGCUCUAGGAUAUGUUCUUGGUGGUAUCAUGAUGCUCAUCAUCAUAAUGCUUGGAACGGGAAUAAUUCUGGGCUAUUUCUACAAGAAGUAGGUUGAGCUCUCUCUCUCUCACACACAACACACACACCAAGUACAAUAUUAAGGAGUUUCCAUCUAAAACUAGCAAGCUCUCAAGCUCAAAGCCAACACACUUGUGUUGUAGACACAAACAACCGCACAGUUGGCAGUGAUGAUAAUCUAACUGGUGGUAUAUUUGGGUACAUCCUGAUGAAAAAAGCGAAUUUUCACACGGUUGUAGACUUGGAUAACAAAACUGCAUAGUGAGUAGCCUGGGUGGCUUGUGGAAAUAACCGAUGUGUUCAUCUGUCCUUCACAUGACCAUAUGCCAUCAAAAUGAAUGGUUGAAUGAAUGGCUGUAUGUAUGUUAUACAAACUAGUUACGUACGAAAACAUACCUAAACUGUAAAAACCUGCAUCAUUUAAAGACCUAGAUGAUCGCUUCAGAGGGCAUACAUAGGAGGAAAAUGUACUCAAGAAACCAUCUGAAUUUAGACUGUAACACUGAACAGGAGUGAUGAACUAAUCAAUUGAUUAAAAAACACUUGUGAAAUAUGUGCUUCGGUGAUGUAACCACGUCACUGAGGGCUUAUAUUGCUGACACGGAUCAGGAAGAAGGGCAGGGCAGACAGGACUCGGAGGAAACCUCAGAGACAGCCCUGGUCUGUGUCAUAGGGAUAUUAGAUUACACCUCAUAAGGCUAUUAUAGAAAAACUAUAUAUAGCCCUGCAAUCCGGUUAGUUAUGAUGCAAUGUUUUUAUGUCCAUGUAUUUCUGUAUGUGUGUGCUCUGAAGCAGAAGCUGAAUUCAUAGAUUUAGCUAUGAUUCAUUUACUUAUUUAAUUUUAAGGUUGAUUUAUUCAUAUGGCUGAAAUACAUAG